UCUGUUUACUCGACUUUAUAGUGUCAUCCUUUUAAAAUCAGAAGAUAUGCACACAAAUUGAUCAUUUUGAGUUUUAGUUUUUGAGUUUGAACCGGAACAAUAUCAAAAGUUUGAGUUCAGCUCCCGCUCUCUGUGAGCCCGAGGAUCUACGCUAGCGCUGUCAUUUCUCCAUAGAGAUGGACAGGGGGAACCUGGAGAGGACAAUCACACAUUUUCAGGCGCGUGCACGAGGAUACCUGCUGAGGGCCGAGGUGCACCGUGCACGAGAGGAUUAUGAAGAGAUUGUAAAGGAAAUUGAUGGAGAUUUACACUGUUUGAAAUGGAUCAAGAGAGCUCUGUAUUUCCCCUACUUUACAGACACUCCCAGCGCUAUUUCCCCAUACAACUUUGAAAACAUUAAAUCAGAGACCAUUAAUCAAAGGAAAUGUUCGAGUCCAGUAGAAUGUAGUUCAAACAGAGAUGUAGAAGAUGGCGCUGGUCAUUCAGAGAAGAUGGAAGCAGAAAGAGACAUUUCCCAAAUCAUCACCUCUGCUCCUGAACCCAGAGACGGCUUUUCCACCAGUGCUCAGAACGCAAACACGCAAACAGGAGGAGAACAUCCCGUGAGAAAGAAGGAUGAAGGUGGGAUGGAGAGUGCCUGUGACUCUACCACUGUCUGGAGCAGUGUAGAUACUGACUCGGGCUCCAGUCGCUCAGUCAAACCAGGUCUGCGCCAGUAUUGCUUGGCCCGAGAUGUUCCACGGACCCCAGAAGCCCUCCGUAUCCAUAGAAACACACUGUCCAUGGAGCUCCUGUGGCUGCAGCAGGCCAUCGACAGCAGGAAGAAGUACCUGUCAUUGAAGAAUAAGCUGAGCGUUUCCUGACAGUAGCAGACCUAAUGGAGUCUCCAUAUUCAAAACCUUUAUUUAUUCAUAUUCUGGAACAAAGCAAUUAAUGUAUUUUACAUGAGAAUAAAGAAAUGUAUUUUUAUAA